AAUAUUGCAAGUGGUCUUAAAGUAAUUCAUAAAAAACAAAUGGUUCAUCAUGAUUUUCAUACAGGAAAUGUAUUAUUUAAUACUACUACUAUGAAAGAAUAUGCUAACAAAAUAUAUAUUUCAGAUAUGGGAUUAUGUGGAGGGGUUGAUGAUAUCAAUCAAAAUAAUAUUUAUGGAGUUAUGCCUUAUAUAGCUCCUGAAGUAUUAAGGGGGAAACCUUAUACUCAAGCAGCAGAUAUCUAUAGUUUUGGUAUGAUUAUGUAUUUCGCUGCAACUGGCAGACAACCUUUU